UCAAUGACUUUUGUAAAAAUAACCUGUGGCUUAUAAAUCCUGCACCUCGCAAAUCCUUCUUUUCAGCUUGUUUGGAAUGAACUUUCAGUAGACAAAACUAAAAGGAAAAAAAGAAGAGAACUGACAGAAGAACAGAAGCAGGAAAUUAAAGAUGCCUUUGAGUUGUUUGAUACAGACAAAGAUAGAGCAAUAAAUUAUCAUGAAUUAAAGGUGGCAAUGAGAGCCUUGGGUUUUGAUGUGAAAAAAGCUGAUGUACUGAAAAUACUUAAAGAUUAUGAUCGAGAAGCAACAGGCAAAAUCACCUUUGAUGAUUUUAAUGAAGUUGUGACAGACUGGAUAUUGGACAGAGAUCCACAAGAGGAAAUACUCAAGGCAUUCAAACUAUUUGACGAUGAUGACUCUGGUAAAAUAAGUCUGAGAAACCUGCGCAGGGUUGCAAGAGAACUUGGUGAAAAUAUGACUGAUGAAGAAUUGAGGGCUAUGAUUGAAGAAUUUGAUAAGGAUGGAGAUGGAGAAAUCAAUCAAGAAGAAUUCAUUGCUAUUAUGACUGGAGAUAUUUAACAUCAUAAGAGAAGAAAUUAAUUCAACACAAAGAGAUGAAUCAUUGGCAGCUA